AUAAAACCGUGAAACUUUUCUUUAAAAGCUCUCGUCUCUAUCUCCUUAAACUACAAUUACAUUACAUAAUCAUAAUUCCUUCCAAAAUUCAUACAUUUUUCAAAGAUGUGGCGUUGUCUUGCUCGCGGCCUUCGCGUCCCCUCUUCAUCAUCGUCUGCUAGAUCUCUAAUUCCCAAAUUCUUCUCUACCGAAUCUACUACAUCUGGGCGAUCUUCUUAUACAGUGGUUGAUCAUACAUAUGAUGCUGUUGUUGUAGGAGCAGGCGGUGCCGGAUUGAGGGCUGCUAUAGGGCUUUCGGAACAUGGACUUAACACUGCUUGCAUUACUAAGCUUUUUCCAACUAGGUCACACACUGUUGCUGCUCAGGGCGGAAUCAAUGCUGCUUUGGGAAAUAUGUCAGAAGACGAUUGGAGAUGGCAUAUGUAUGACACUGUCAAGGGAAGUGAUUGGUUGGGUGAUCAGGAUGCUAUUCAAUACAUGUGUAGGGAGGCACCAAAGGCAGUCAUUGAACUUGAGAACUAUGGGUUACCAUUUUCUCGAACAGAAGAUGGACGAAUUUACCAACGUGCAUUUGGCGGCCAGAGUCUCAAUUUUGGAAAAGGUGGACAAGCAUAUCGUUGUGCAUGUGCUGCUGACCGAACUGGACAUGCUCUUUUGCAUACUCUCUAUGGUCAAGCUAUGAAACAUAAUACACAAUUUUUUGUGGAAUAUUUUGCUUUGGACCUCUUAAUGAAUAGUGAUGGUAGCUGCCAAGGAGUAAUUGCGUUGAAUAUGGAGGAUGGAACACUACAUCGUUUCCGUGCUGCUUCAACAAUUCUAGCUACAGGGGGUUACGGCAGAACAUAUUUUUCUGCAACUUCAGCUCAUACAUGCACUGGAGAUGGCAAUGCUAUGGUUUCACGGGCUGGACUUCCACUCCAGGAUUUAGAAUUUGUUCAAUUUCAUCCUACAGGGAUAUAUGGAGCUGGCUGCCUAAUUACUGAAGGAUCUCGUGGUGAAGGUGGUAUUCUUAGGAAUAGUGAAGGUGAGCGGUUCAUGGAAAGGUAUGCUCCAACAGCAAAAGAUCUUGCAUCAAGAGAUGUUGUUUCAAGGUCUAUGACCAUGGAAAUUCGGGAGGGUCGUGGUGUAGGACCUUUGAAGGACCAUAUCUAUCUGCAUCUAAAUCACUUGCCCCCUGAUGUUUUGAAGGAGAGACUUCCUGGUAUUUCUGAAACUGCUGCCAUUUUUGCUGGUGUUGAUGUUACAAAGGAACCCAUCCCUGUCUUACCUACUGUGCAUUACAACAUGGGUGGAAUUCCCACAAAUUACCACGGAGAGGUGGUAACUAUUAAAGGAAAUGACCCUGAUACUGUAGUUCCUGGACUUAUGGCUGCUGGAGAGGCAGCUUGCGCAUCAGUCCAUGGUGCCAAUCGACUUGGUGCAAAUUCUCUGCUUGACAUUGUUGUUUUUGGUCGCGCUUGUGCUAAUAGAGUUGCACAGAUCCAAAGACCAGGUAUGAAACAAAAGCCUUUAGAAAAGGAUGCCGGUGAGAGUACUAUUGCAUGGCUGGACAAACUAAGAAAUUCGAAUGGAUCAACUCCAACUUCAAAUAUUCGAUUAAAUAUGCAGAGGAUAAUGCAAAACAAUGCAGCUGUUUUCCGCACACAAGAAACAUUAGAAGAAGGUUGCCAGCUGAUUGACAAGGCAUGGGAUAGCUUCCAUGAUGUUAAGUUGAAAGAUCGAAGCUUGAUAUGGAACUCUGACUUGAUAGAGACCAUAGAACUGGAGAAUCUUUUGAUAAAUGCCUGUAUUACUAUGCAUUCUGCCGAGGCUCGGAAAGAGAGCAGAGGAGCACAUGCCCGUGAAGACUUCAAUAAAAGAGAUGAUGAGAACUGGAUGAAGCACACUUUGGGAUAUUGGGAAAAUGAAAAGGUCAGACUGGAUUACAGGCCGGUACACAUGAACACAUUAGAUGAUGAGAUCGAGACAUUCCCGCCUAAAGCUCGGGUUUAUUGAUCUCAUACAUAAAGCUUGUGUUUAUUGAUGCAUGUGAUCGUUGAAGAAUUGGCCAAGGAGGUUCGGAAUCGACUUUUGGAAAUAAAACCGAUCAUAGCAAUAAAUAAACAUACUGAUUGAAUAACUGUUACAGGUAGAGCAUUUUCACAAUAAUUGUUGUAUUCAUCACUGGCAAGAUAGGAAGUAUUUGCAAAUUUGUGAUGAACAAGUAUGGAUUUUGUAUUGAAUGGAACAUUGAUAGUUUGAUGAAGCAUAAAUUUUGGUGGAAGACCAUUGAUCUUUUUAA